UUGCGUGUAACCAAACGCACCAGGCGACGACGGGCGGCGAGUGCGGCGAGGGGGGCGCGAAUGUCAAAAACUCACUUCUCCACGGCGGCCACCACGACGCCACUUAUUGUUAUAUUUUAAAUUAUUAUAUAGUGCCUAUAACUACAGUCCGCGUUUUAAUUAUCUUCUUACAAGUCAAGCAAAGACCCUAAACAAUGGUCCUUCGAGCCUAAAAAGUAAAAAGUUGCGAUUCUUCAAGAUUAUAGAAAAUACUUGUUGAAGGCGGAAAACCGUUACUACUACGAGAUACGUCAUCUUGAUCCUGAUCAUCGGCGAGUUGGUGAAAUAUCGCAAAGAAUACCAGCGAUAAAACGACGAACCUUUCUACUGCAUCUUCGUGUCGUCACUCGACCGCCAAACACCGCCGGCAGGACAGAGAACUGCGAGAAUUUUCUAGAAAUCAAAUCGUGACGUCAUCAACAGUCGGCGUCAUCAUCUAGGACGUGUGGAAUGUGGAAGUCACCUUAGUGGAAGGACAUUCAUUUUGUGAGUUUGUUCCAAUACAUUUCCUUCAGUUUCCUUUCCUUCUGCCUUAUAAUUUCAUUUUAUAUACGUAUUUUAUUUCCAUCUUGUCACUAUUUGAUUUGGAAGGUAACUAUUAACUGAAGUCAUAACGUAAUAACAUCAUUAUCUAUUUAGAUACUUCCUUUCAAACAGUAAACAAUUAUAAGUUGUGAUAAAUACAUUAGUAGGUAUACAUACAUAGUGAGUUCGAACGGCCUGCCGGCACAGUCACAGCUGAUCUAUUGUAUGCGCGACGACGUCAUUACGCAUCGUCGAUGCAGCACUUCUUAUAUUACUUUAAUUGAUUCAUAAUAAUUUGCGUCGAACAACAAAUUAUAACUUUGAACAGAACAUAAAUUAAGAGUAUACAUAAACAAUUUAACCAUGAGUGAUAAAGAGCAGUUAGACAAGCUUCUAAAAAGGCGUAGAACAAUAAAAGCGAAAGUUACUAGCUUUGAAAACUACUUAAAAUUAUUACUCAGUUGUGAAAAAAUAACAGACUUACAACGUAUCGAUUUAGAUGGACGUUUUAGUAAAUUCAUUGAUGUAUACCCAGAGUUUGAUAAAUUACAGACGGAGAUUGAGAUCCUGAGUGACACUCCGGACGUGAUGUUCUCCUACCGCGAGCAACUAGAAGCGCAGUAUCAUACAUUGGUGGCGCAGGCUCGCAUCUUACUGGAGAAGGUGCUGGAGCCGCAGCUUCAAGGAGGGUCUGACCGGUUCCACGAUGCGGAUGCAGAGCCAGGUGGCCGACGCCAACAUAACUUAUCUAGAGCGAUAUAAGCGCAUAGAGCACAUAAAACAACAUUUUUGGACCCGUUUCAGUACCGAGUACGUGUCUCUUCUACAACAAAGAAUCAAAUGGCAAUCCUCUUCAAGUGACCUCAAACUGGGCGCACUAGUACUGAUAAAGGAUAAGUCGCUACCACCGCUCCUAUGGUUCCUGGGACGAGUUGUGAACAUUUAUCCGGGCAGCGACGGCAUUACUCGAGUCGCCGAUCUGAAGACUAAGAAAGGAACAGUACGUCGGGCAUUCAACAACAUAUGCCCUCUCCCACUUCAUUGAAGCACUUCAACCCGGGGAGGAUGUUGCGUGUAACCAAACGCACCAGGCGACGACGGGCGGCGAGUGCGGCGAGGGGGGCGCGAAUGUCAAAAACUCACUUCUCCACGGCGGCCACCACGACGCCACUUAUUGUUAUAUUUUAAAUUAUUAUAUAGUGCCUAUAACUACA